UAACACAUGUAACUAAUUUAUGUGUAUAUGGAAAAUAAAAACAACUAAAGUAUCCUUUUCCUUUGUAGAUUUUAUUAUUUGCUAAAAUAAAUAUAACAUUAGAUUUUUUUUAAGUAUUAUUUUAAUAAAGGCACCUUUUUUAAUAGUAUUUCUUAAACCUACCUUUUAAUUUACAACCACUUGUCCACUUCUCUCACUCCCUUUUUAUCCCUUCACACACACAUCCCACACGCACAAACAAAUACAUAUAAGUAAACACUCACCAAUUCUCAAAUUCCCAUCAUUCUCCUCCCAACACACACAUAUUAUUUGUUGAUUUUAUUCGAUAUUCGUAUUAAAUUUUAAUUGAUUUCUCUAUUUAAAAGUAUUUCUAUAUUUGAUCUUUUUUAUUUGAUACUUAAUAUUCAUAUUAAAUUUCAAUUGAUUUUUCUAUUUAAAAAUAUUUUCAUAUUUGGUCUUUUUUAUUUGAUAUCCGAUAUUCAUCCUGAAUUUCAAAUUAAUUUCUCUAUUUAAAAAUAUUUUCAUACGAGCUUAGUAUCAUGAAUAGUUAUAUUCCCGUUACUGAUUCGAAACAAGAAAACGAAAUUUCUGAUUAUUACUACGAUUCAUCAUCUUCUUCUUCAACUGGAUGUGGAUUGUGUAGUUGUUUAAAUUUUUCAUGUUUCAAUUGGGGCAAAGGCCAUGAAGUUCACAGCAGAUCUCUGCUACAAGAUCAUGAAAAACCAGAGCACAGAGAGUCAUGGCUGGUGAUAUUGAAGAAUUUAUUAAGAAAAAUGAAUAGUAAUUCGAAGAAAUCGAGACCUCAAUUUCAGUAUGAUGCUCAGAGUUAUGCUCUAAAUUUUGAUGAUGGAGCUCGUGAGGAAGAAGAUGGGCUUUUCAGUAAUUUCUCAUCUAGGUUUGCUGUCCCUGUUAUUGCUCAAAAACAGAGCAAAAUUGGUUUGUGACACCUUUUUAUUGAGAAAAUUAUUGAAAAUGUUAUUAAUAUAAUUAGACUACUAUUUUCUUUUCAUUCGUAUUUAAUAUUCGUAUUGAAUUUUGAUCAAAUUUAAAUUCGUGUCGUGAAUUACAAAUGGGUAAAAUACUCUAUAUUACAGAUAAAUAAAUACUUAACAUUCUAUCGUAA